AUGGCUAGUGAGGAGAGUUUCCUAGUUCUGGUACAUUACAGAGGGUCCAUUAAGAGAAAAACCCGGUCCGGCGUUAAGUUCACUGAUAAGGAUCCCCUAUGUAUUAUCGUGACGCCGACAACCACCUACGAUGCACUUGUUAGCUCUGUGCUGGAGAAGCUGGGUCUUGAAGGCGUUAAAAGGGUGAAGAAGUUUUUCUACCGCAUUCCUACAGCGGUGCUCCAUGACACCGUGAAGUUUGAUUGUUUCACAAUCGGUAGUGACGAGGACUUGCAGGUUAUGUUUCUUUCUCGUAGGCAGUUUCCCGAGGUAAGGACACCAGAUGCCGUUGAUCUGAGCGGCACUGUUGGAGAUGAGGUUCGGUAUGGGGAACAUAUUCCCACCGAGGUACAUUGUCCCACACCGGCGGGUGUUGGUGAUGGUUUGUUUGAUGAUCCAGAUGACGAUGACGUGGAGCCGGAUUUCAUCGCUGAUGAAAGCGGCGAUGAUGUUGGAACUACUGUUCCGACAAGGGCUAUAGGUGGAUCUAGUUCUGGCACACAGCAGUAUCCACCCCAUUUUUCCUCAUUGGACCUGGAUGCCAUGCGGCAAGACGACAAUGAUCUGCAGGCCUCAGGAUUUGGUGCUAGAGAUACCGAGGGGUCUGCCGGUAUGAACGAGUUCCAGGUUGGCCAACAAUUUCAAGAUAAAGAUGAGGCGCUGUUGAGUGUGAAGACGUACAGUAUCCGACGAGGGGUCCAGUACAAGGUCGUUGAGUCUGACUACCGCAGGUAUGUGGGAAAGUGUUCUGAGUUUGGGAAUGGGUGCACAUGGCUAAUUCGGUUGAGUCUCCGACAGCGGAAGGGUAUCUGGGAAGUGAAGCGAUACAACGGACCGCAUACAUGUCUUGCCAGCUCCAUCUCCAGCGACCAUAGGAGUCUGGACUACCAUGUCAUAUCCACCUUCGUUAUGCCGAUGGUUAGGGCUGAUGCAGGUGUGAACAUCAAGGUGCUCCAAAAUGCCACGGCCGCACACUUUGGGUUCAGGCCUACGUACAGGAGGGUAUGGAUGGCGAAGCAGAAGGCCGUUGCCGUGAUAUAUGGGGACUGGGACGAGUCGUACAAUGAGCUCCCUAGGUGGGUUUUAGGAGUUCAGCUGACGAUGCCUGGCACUGUAGCCGUCCUCAGGACUUGCCCUGUUCGAGUUGGGGGACAGGUUGACGAUUCUCAGGUUUAUUUUCAUAGGCUGUUCUGGACUUUCCCCCCUUGUAUCCAGGCAUUCCGUCAUUGCAAGCCUUUGGUGAGUAUUGAUGGCACCCAUUUAUAUGGGAAGUAUGGGGGAACACUGCUAGUCGCCAUUGCACAAGACGGAAACUCGAACAUCCUAUUGCAGCGAAUUUUGCCUUGA